AACCCGUAAAAAAAAAAAACAGCAUUGCUUUGAAAAAGGAUAUGUAUUUAUCGCUAUCAUACAACUUUAAAUAACAAUAAAUGGCGUUUUUGAUAUCCUUUAAGUCGGAAGCAUGUAGAGUAAUAGGUUAAAAGUCACAGCACUGGUUAAUAAUGGUAUAUAACAGGCUGUUAGCUGUCUUACUGUAAGCCUGGUGAAUAUUAAGGUGCCUUUUAAUAUUCAGCUCUGGUUCUGGUUCAGUUCUUCCUGUCUGUGAAUCCUUAAAGUCUCCACUUUGCCACCAGGGGCCACUUCAGCCAGUCUUCAGAGAAAAGAGAUCCUCUUUUCAUGUCUAUCUCCAUCUUACACUCUUUUCACACUUUUAUUUGACCUACAUGGCACAAUACCAGAUUUUUAUUGUUUAAUACGUGCCGUCUGCGGGCUUGCCAGUAACACGCCGCUCUAAAACAUUAAUUCGACUUCUCUUUCUCUCCAGUUUUGCAUAAUCAUGCAAAUGUGAUUCAUCCACUUGACUUGGAAAAUUAAAUGGGUUUGUGUGCAUGUCUCGGGCAGUUAAUCUAAAAUAUUUCACAUUGCCACACUAGAGCAUGUUUGAUCUCCUGUAAAUAAUUGAUCAUGACAUAUAAUGUAACGAGCACCCAAACAAACCCAAGAGCUAAUUUAAGAUUAUUAAGAUGGAAUUGAAGUCUUACACCAUUAUCUUAUGCUAUUUCAGCUCUCAAAAAAGCAGUCAGAGAAUGAAGACCUUGAAUAUAGAUAAAACUGAAAUGAUUAAUGAGCAAUAAUCUGAUAGCUUUUAAAACACAGUAGAAACUCGUUAAAACAGUGCAUUAAAAGAGAAAUGUAACAACCUAAGUGAAGCACAAGUUAUAAAGCUAUGAUUUUACGCAUUUAGUUUUGGGCAAUGUUUGCAAAUGUGUAUGUUUUAUCACAUUUGAACUGUGACGACUGACACACACAGGGCCAUAGAUGCAUUCUAUUAUUCGAUUUAUUGUUAUAUUUCUAUGGUUAUGACGCUGAAAGCACGCUUAUGUGGGGGUAGUUUGUGGGUGUGGGGUAUCUUCUCAUAUUACACUCUUUCCCGCGACAAAGCCCUCAGUCGCGCCAAAACCCCACCUGUGUCACUCACCUUUGUUCCUGCUCCAGCGUAUCACUAAACGCUGUCGGGAGACACUCGGCAAUUAUUUAAUGUCAAUUAAUCACAUGUGAUGAUUAAUUAAGUCCCCGCUGAGUUACUUGAAAACUUCAGGCGCGCCCGUAACAGCCGCAGGAGCAGAUCAAUGAAGAGCGCGCCAGCUGCCCCGCCAACAAACCCCCACGGGCUUGGUCAGAACGCGUCUCUGAUUGGCUGAGACGGCGGCUGCGAGGCAUUUCCUCCUCGCUCGGCCAAUCACCGUCGAUAGAUUUGCACAGCGGCGACGUGAUUGGCCGAGGGAAGGUGAAACUCUUCAGAGCGCCAGAAAACAAGCUUUAGCGGGUGAUUCUUACUCGCCUGACCAGAGACGCGGCUGAAAUAAGAAGAUUACCCGUUCAGAUCUUCUUAUUUAGACAGAAAAUAAUGUUCUUUUAAGAAGGAAAGGGAAGGAUCACAUUUGGGAUUCAUUUACGUUUUCAGGACGGAACUUAAAGAUGGAGAUGAAGUGUUUAACUUUAUUGGAUUUGCUUAGUGCGAGGACGCUAGUGAACAAGGCAGGCUCAGGUGACGCCGGCCACACGAAUGACCAAAAAGAGAACAUCUGCACGGACAGAAAAAAAAUGACGCCGCUGAAGUGCGAGUCUGUGAACGGACAUCGGAGAGUUUCCAGCCCGGAUGUCACCCAUAUAACCCCCAUCAAACACUCAGACAGGGGCCACCCGGAGCCCUGGACCCCGACGGCCAACCUGAAAAUGCUCAUCAGCGCCGCCAGCCCGGAUAUCCGCGACCGAGAGAUGAAGAAAACCCUCUUCAGACCCAUUGAAAACGAAGAGAAGGCUAUAGAGGAGGAGGAAGAGGAAGAACUCGACGACUCGGGUCAGUACGAAGCGCUGGACGAUUCUGAGAGGAGACCCAGCCGUAAGCAGAAGAGCUUGGGGCUUUUGUGUCAGAAAUUUCUGGCUUUGUACCCAGAUUACCCAGAAACCUCUGAAAGCAUUAAUAUUUCUCUGGAUGAGGUGGCCACACGCUUGGGCGUUGAGCGGCGGCGGAUCUACGACAUCGUGAACGUGCUGGAGUCUCUGAUGCUGGUGAGCAGGAUGGCUAAGAACCUGUACGUGUGGCACGGACGCUCGGCGCUGCCUCAGACCCUGCAGGACCUCCACCGGGCCGGUCGCGAGCAGGGCUACCAUCUCCAGAUGAACCAGGGAGGAGGAAGCGGCCUGCACGCCGCCCACCACAUGCAGAGCAUGCACGCAGCCUCCAGCAGAAGAAAGGAUAAAUCGCUCCGUAUCAUGAGCCAGAAGUUUGUCAUGCUGUUUCUGGUGUCCAGAUCUCAAACCGUUACCCUCGACACGGCUGCUAAGAUUUUGAUCGAAGAGGGCCAGGACGAGUCCAGCCACAGCAAGUAUAAAACUAAGGUGCGACGCUUGUAUGAUAUCGCUAACGUCCUGACCAGCCUGAACCUGAUCAAGAAACUUCACGUACGAGAGGAAAAGAGCCGUAAACCCAUCUUUAAAUGGAUCGGACCCGCAGAUUUCCACAGCGGCAGCAACGAUUCAGACGAUCUGAGAGUCUCGGCGGCUCAGAUCGGCCCCACCGGGGAACGGCGGGAGAAGAUGAUGCGUCACUCCUCCUUUCAGGUCGUCCCCGCACUUCCUGUCAAUCAAAGACUGAUAAGCUCCGCCCCCAGCACGCCUCACAGGCCUUCGACGGACGAGCCGGUGGAUUAUUCCAGGAAGAGCACCAGCGCUGUGUGUCGACUGAGGUUCGGAGACAACGCUCAGCCCAGUCCUGUAGCAUCGUCUGCUGGACCGGCUUCACUAGCGAUGCCUCUUCAGGCCGACGUGUCGUACGCAUCACUUCCCGUUUCCCAGUUUGCCCCUCACCCGCUAGCGUACCUGCCCGGUCUGCCGCAAACGCCCCUGCUCAUGCUGUACAGCGGACACGUGCCAGACGUCUCAGGUCACGGCGAGGGGCGUCUGAAGAAGAGAGAGAGACCACAGGAAGAGGAUGAGGAGCAGGCAGCUAAACGAAGCAAACGCUCUGCUUCCAUAGAAAGCGAAAUGGGUGAGACCGAGAGUCUGAGCUCCAGCACCAGAAGGUCUCCGGUCUGCUCUCGGGAAGGUUCCCCGUGGGACGAGGCCUCGUUCGGGUCGACGAAUGAGGAAGACGCGGGGGCCCCCGGCCCUAGGGACCCCCUGCUGUCCUCUCAUUACCUCUAUGUCCCUAACACAGCAGGUCUGAACGGUCUGAACUUCCUCGUGCCGGCGGGACACGGGCAGGGCGGCGUGCCGGCUGUGGCCAUGCCGUAUUUUCUGGUGCCUUCGCCGCUCAUAGCGGGUGCGACGCCCAGCUCCGGCGCCGAGGGGGCCGCCAGCAGCGGGCUGAGUUUCAGCGUGCCCACCGUGAUGUCGCCGGCUCGCUUUGUGAUGGCGGGAGGGGCGUUCGGUGUGCCGGAUACGCUGAGCAGCCCUGAGCAUCGUGGGCACAGAUUACCACAGGAAGCACGUGCACAAGAGAGCCCUCAGCCGGCUCAAACACAGACUCCUGUGACACCAAAGGAAGUGGCAGCGGGGUCCAAAUCCUUCUUCGAGACGCCUGGAGCCUUUGGGUCUCUCAGCACCCAACCGACGGCACGCAAAAGAGGCUCCGCCCAGAGGAGGCUGGACAUCGGACACGCCUCGGCCAAUUAAAUUAGCCGCCCCAUUUGCGUCAUUACUCUCCCGUGGCGCUAGAGUGCCAAAGCAGCAUUACACCCCAAAACCUGACUUGAAAUAUUUCGAAAUGACCAUUUCCUGUUCGGUAACUAGUGAACAUCAGAAAGGGCGGAUACUAGCGUGAUAUUGGAAAUAAUCUGUUACACUCGCUCUUGAGGCUGUUUAUGUUUUCUGAUAGUAUUUCGACAUCCUACCAGUGUAUUGCCUGAUUUUGUUUACCGUUACUAUUUAUUAAAAUGUUCCAGAGGCUAAAAUCAGCUUUAGCACUACGUAUUUAAAAAUGUAAAUGAGGUCUGGAUUGGAAAAGCCACACAGAUCUGCUCACAGGUCAGCGGUUUGUAGAAGCGCCUCAGAAACGUAAUGCAGAGGAUGAAUGAACUUCGAGCGCAUCUGGGACAAAGAAGAAAAUAAUGGUUGUAAUUUCUGACUCUGUCAAAUCUGUGAAACGAAGACAUACUUGAAUGACCGGUGAAUCACCGGAGCGAAGCAGAAAUAUCACAGUACUGUACUGUUUUGAGACAAAGUAUGUUUAUGUACGAACCGUUUUUAGCCUAGCAAUAAAUUAUUUGUUGGAAACAUCUGGAUUGACUUUUGCACCACAGUCCGUGACUGUACAGUAUUUAGAGUUAUUUUUACUGUACUGUAACUCGUAGCAUUGAAUAUUUUUUGUUGUUAUUUUUUUCGGUCAGAUGUUUAAAGCUGCACUGCUGAAUCUACGGUGCUUUUGUGUUUGUCACAUGUAUUUUCAAUCAUUUUAUGUAUGGACACAGGUGUCAUGCAUGUAUUGCGAAAUAAAUAUAUGCACAAUGUGA